AUGCAUCAAAACACAGAGCUCACACCUAGUGCAUCGGCCAAAGAUGCCGAGAUUGAGUCGCCAAUCCCAUCUGACCUUACUCCCAUUGCUAUAGCAGCUCGAGGGAAAGAGAUCACUGGCCUGAGAAUCUUUCAAAGAACGGCAGAUGAUAUCACGGGGACUAGGGCAGAGGAGCUCCUUUUAGCAAUGAACACUGACCAGCCAACCGGAGGCGUGGACAUGACAUAUGGAAGCGGGGACGCUCAGCAUCUCCGCUAUUGGAAACCCAACCUCCCCAAUGCUCCGAUCGUCCUCUUUGUCCACGGGGGCAGUUGGCGAUCAGGGACCUAUUUGGACUCGAUUGGAUCGGCCAAAGUUACUCAUUUGACUGGCCAAGGCUAUGCCUUCGCCACUGUCAACUACACACUCAUCCCAUCUGUGACGGUGGAAGAGCAGGUGCAGGAGGUGGCCGACUCGUUGGCUUACCUGGUCAGAAAUGCGGCAACACUAGACUUUGACUCCCAACGAAUCAUUUUGAUGGGACACAGUUCUGGUGCACACGUUGUCACACUACUGGGGACUGACGAAAGAUACUUCGAGAAGGCAGGAGUUGGUAUCCAUAUCGUGCGGGCGGUUAUCUCUCUCGACGGCUCAAAUUACAACGCAUUGGCGGAGAUCACUGAUAGUCCGGGGCCGGUAGCGGGGAGCACAAUCAGAGGGCUCGGCACUGAUCCGAAACGGCUGAAAGAUAUGUCACCUACUUACCAUGCCCGCGCGCCGAACGCAGGCGCUUUUCUGCUCCUUCAAGUCCACAGGCAAGGCGACAUCCGCCAGGCUGUCGAGCUAUCCGUGGCACUAGAAGCUGCAGGUACUGAUGUUGCUUUCCACGUGUUCGAGGGCGAAAGUUUCGAGGGCCACAUGCAAAUGCUACUACGGCUUGGCGAUCCCAGCUAUCCUGCAACAUUGGUUAUGGAUAACUGGCUCAAAGUGCAUGUUCCAGUAACCCUCCCAAGUGCCUGA